AUGUCCAACGACGCUGCAUCCGUGCCCGCCUGCAGAGUGGCCGUAACAUCGACGAACCCUGACAAGCUUGCAGCCAUCGAGUCUGCGUUUUGCAGUCACUUUGGGCAGAAGGGGCAGGCAGCGUCAAUCUGUGUACUGCCAUGCCCGGCGGACAGUGGCAUUCCGCAUGGCCAGCCUUGGGGCAUGCAGCACACGUACGAAGGUGCUUUGGCCCGGCUGGCCAACUUAAAAUCUUCCGGCGAAGGAGUUGAGGCAGAGUACUACGCCAGUGCAGAGAAUGGUGUUUGUGCUCUCCUUCGGCAUGACUCCACUCUGGCGCUGGAUGUAGCAUGCGUGAUAGUGGAGAGGGCCUGCGAUGGAAAGCAAGGCGUAAAUUUCAGCCAAGGCCGACCAUAUCCUCUGCAAGAGAUUCAGCAGAUGAAGCGUUCUGGAUCAUCGAAUGCAGACAUCGGGGACUUCUGCAAGCGCUGGUACGAGAAGAAGGCCUUGCCAAUCUCCCGGACAGAUCAGGUUCGCACUGCCGCAGCUUUGGCUCUCUCACUUCUGGAGGCUGAGCCUGAAAGAGAAACAAUGGCACCCUAG